AUGAACAAUCCAACGUUUUGUUACAAUAAUUGUACGAAUGGAACUUGUAAACCAAGCGGCUAUUUUCAAUUUGGCAUUUGUGUAUGUGAACCAGGCUAUUAUGGUGUCGACUGUGCACAAGUACCAAUGCCCAAGUCACCGACUGCCAGUGGUACACUCUGUGGAUUUUCGUUGUCAAAUAGAUUUGAAAUUGUUUGUGAUGGCCAACAGAGCUGCAGUUCAGAUUAUCAAUAUCAAACUGAUUUUUACACAUCAACUGGUAAUGGUAAUCAACUAUCGAUGGGCAGUUGCUUUAGGAAGGAAGAAAGUCUACAAUUCAGUCCCAUUGGUACACUCUGCGGUUUUGCAACGACUGCCACACGCAAUCCUCUGAAUAUUCUUUGUAAUGGUCAACACCCAUUUCAUCAUGCAUGCCCGAAAGGUUACAAACGAGGGAUGAUUGGCAGUUGGGCAACAUGUAUUAAAACUAUAGAAAAACAAGAUGAUUUACCUGGAACUCUAUGCGGUAUGCACGCUCGAAGGGAAUAUAAUUAUCAACUUCCUUCAUUUGGACAUUAUCGUUGCAACAAUUAUAAUAUUCAAGAGGGCCAUUGUCCACCGGGCUAUUGAUUAUUAUUUGCUGCAGCUUCCAUUGCAUUUUUAUAUAAUGUUCGAUCAUAA